AAAAAAGCACUUUACAUGUAAAAACAAACAGACAACAAAAUAUGAAAAAGAGAAACAAUUCCAACCCACCAACCCGUUCACCUCCACUCACACAAACACCCACAACCACACACACAGGUGAGGUCACUGAGGCUUUAUUUCUCCCUGAAGGCAGAUCGAUUCUGUUGGUGUUGAGUCACAAACAGGCAAACCGAACACACUGAAAACUGUUUGUUUAGUAUGGUUUCAAUUACAGAUAAAGUCAAGAAUCCAAUUUCCAGAUCAAUAAACAAAAAUGAGGACAUACGUGUCAGAAUUACCUCACUACUCCCUAAAGCCUAAAAGACGUGGGACUGUCCAGUUCCCUGGAUUUUAAUAUCAUUUGACAAAUGCUUAUUACUGCAAAUCUGGCAACACCCAGUUACCGAAAUAAAUUCUAAUCAAAAUGAACAUUUUAUGAAGACUUUUUAAAUCCACUGUGUUCUGAGGAUGAAGAUUUUAAUGAUUUAGAAAAAAGUCCAUUUUAUUAGUUUUGUUUUCCAAUGAAAAAUGGAUCUAAGGUUUGCAUUCUAGUCUAUAUUCACCAAUCUAUUGAGUGUUGAUUCACACCAGGUUUUGCAGAGACCUCCCUCUGUGUGAUGCACAAAGCAGUGAUGGAGUUCAGACCCAACCUCAAUCUUUGUUUCAGAUCAGGAAGCAUGUUCAGUUCAGAAACAAAUCCAACUGGCUAAACUUUCAAAGAUGCAACACAUUUCCAGUUUUACAGAUCUGUUUUCCAUCCCACUGCUCUGGAUUUUCUCUGACCAGCAAUGCAACAUUGCAUGUAUGCUGAUUGCAUCAACGUCUUCUGCAUGAACACAAAUGGACACGCUGUCCUUCAAACUCAGGCUCCUCCCAUUAAGAUCCUUGCAUCCUGCUUGAGAUUUUCAAAACUACAGCCAAGUAUGAGCUCCCACAGACAGCAAACCUGUCGCCCCGUCUAUGUUUGUAACAUUGAUUCAAAUCAAAAUGGUUUACUGUAGCAAACACCAUGGCCAUGUGCCAAAAAGACAGGCUUUUAGGCCUCACUGCAGCUCUCUCAUGGCUUACAGCUGAGCUCCCAAAGACUGAAGUAAAACCAGUGUGGUGACGGUACAUCUGGGUAUUUGUUGAAGUGUGUUAGUAGUAGUACGAGUGCAUUGUGUUCCUCUGGCAGGCACACACUGUGCUGUAAGCGUUACAUAAGCGUGUUCCCGUCAGCGGCUCAAACAUCCCUCUGGUCUCCGGGGAACACCAGUCCACAUUCCACACUCGUCAUUUGUCACAGCAGAAACCCCAAACUGUGUCUCUGGCGACUGUCGUUCAAGGUUUCGCUCCAUGACGAGGCAGAUUUUCCACAAGGCCCACGCCUUUCUCCUGAUGUAUGACAUCACUUCCUGUCAGAGCUUCUCCGCUGUCAGCUACUGGGCUAACUGCAUCCAGGAAGCUGCAUCCGAAAACGUCACCGUCGUCCUCGUUGGGAACAAGAGCGAUCACACACAGAGGCAGGUGAAAAGCCAACAGGGAGAAAUUCUAGCAAAGGAAUAUAACUUUGAGUUUGUGGAGUGCAGUGCUGCCACAGGUGAAAAUGUGCUGGAGGCGCUGGAGACCGUUGGCAGGCUGCUGAGUCACAGAGCCGACUUGAGAGAGGAAACCACAAAGUUACCCAGAGAUCCGGUGAAGAAAAAGCGUUCAGGAUGUUGCUGAAGAAGCAGGUUUCUGCAAAGUCAGACGUCCCACCAGAGGCUCACUUUAAACAGAAAUGACUCGUUUUGUCCUUAUGGCUUGUCAACUGUUGUAAAACCAAAUUGAUAAGUAGAAUUAUGUUUCUGCUUCCUUUGAUAGCAUCAGGAAUUCUAGAUUUGCCAGAAUGUUUUCUAUUAGAUCCUUGAGUGUAAAAAGGAGAAACAAAGAAUGUUUUUACUAGUUUUGCACUUUUUGUCUUUGUGUCGUUUCAGGACUAAAUACUUUGUUUGAUUUCAGAUUUUCAAUCUAAUAGCUGUAGAAAAGUUUAUUUAAUUUUUUGUUUGAUUUAAAGACUGGUAGCUUUUAGAAUUAUUGUUACUUUGUGUUCCUAAUAAUAGUAUAAAAUGUGAUUUUAGCGAUUUAAUCAGGAAAGCACAGAAUGAACCUCUUUCAGGAACCUGUCUAAAUAAAGCUACUCUUUCAGCCUU